GAAGGUUUAUUUGCGCUAUUUCCGGAAGUUUUGCUUGUAGUAUCAGAGUGAGUGUUCAUCCAAGAGUUGUAUAUAAAUAUUGGUCUAUAAUGCUUGGUUAUUCAAUGGCACCGGUUUUACUUAAAAGAUUAGUCCAACAGCAGCCAGGAUUAUGGACUUGGUGUUAUAGUUUCUUGGGAGAUUUUGCAGUAACACAUCCUGGUUUUCUUUGCCAGGUGUUAGGAGUGACACAGUCUUCAAGAAUUCACUUGGCUCCUGCCUUCUCUUCUGAGAUUACUGUGACACAGGAACCAGAAACACUGUACAAAGGAGUAUCUGUUCUUGUAAAAGGUCAUGACAAAGCCGUGUUAGACAGUUAUGAAACUUUUGCUACAUCCUCAGCAAAAGAGCUGGGCAUCAAAAUAGAUAAAGUAUUUGAACCCCCAAGGAAGAUUGAGAGGCUAACCCUUCUGAAAUCUGUUCAUAUUUUCAAGAAGCACAGAGUCCAGUAUGAAAUGAGGACCCAUUACAGAUGUAUAGAGCUCAAGCAUUUAACAGGAAGUACAGCAAAUGUGUAUUUGGAAUACAUUCAGAGAAAUUUGCCUGAGGGAGUUGCCAUGGAAGUUAAAAAGACAACACUAGAAAAAAUACCUGAACAUAUUAAAGAACCAGUUUGGAGCACUGGCACAUCUCCAGAAGAAGCAAGUUUAAAGCAAUGAACGGUCUCUACAUAUAAGAUAAUCUACCUUUACAUGCCUCUGUACUGUAUAUGUUUGCACAUGUUCUGUAUAAAAAUUUUAUAAAACA